AUGAUCGGAGACCCAGAAUUUGUCAUCCUUAAAUAUCAAUCCUGGCUGGAUACCGCGAAAUUCGAAAACAAGAUUCUCGGCUCCGUUGUAAAAGAGUUUCUGAGACCGACAAAUAACUAUGUGUCUAAUUCACCGCUUGAACACAAUUCCCACGAUUUUCAAGAAGGUACUGUGACCGACUUCGUCCUCGACAACAUCGGUUCGCAAGGUCAAGAAGCCAGUGCGAAGCUCAAAUCCGUCGCCGGUAUAUCGUUCAAAGGGAACACCGAAAGCAGCUUGCAACUGAGCGGUAAACUCAUCCGAUAUAAACGGCUGCAACAGCACGACCAGUUUUGGUCGAAGCUCAAAUUGGAUCCCGAUGUCAAAGCUGUUGUUCCGCAAUGGACAUCGCGAUUUCGCGCGCCAGUGUGUCUUGUGGUGGGUAUCAUGAUGUGCGAAGACGUAGAGUUAUCCUUCACCGAGACGCAGUCUCGGGAGCGCGAGGCGAACGGACAAAUGCCUAUUGGAAGGAUCGCUCUCGCUGCCAGUGUACCGAGUGCCGUUAGUAACACUGGAGAUUUGAUGGCUGGCUUUGCCUCUAAUCGUCAAGUUGCUACCAUGUUUGAAGGAAAAAUCAAUGAAAGUCGCAUUUUUGCCUUGGAGCUUAAAAAGGUCACGACUGAAGGAUGGAUCCGGAAAGACUUGAGACUGAGAACCCAGGGCCCUGACGUCGAUCCCACGAGGGUUGCUGCUGGGUAUUCCGACGAAGAGGAGGAGGACGACGACCAGUUGGGGAUCGAGAGUUACGUGAUUGGUAAACUAAGUGCUGAAGAGUAUAGUGAGCUUUCAGGAUGA